CCCUCUCCCCGAGGGUGAAGGCACUUUUGCCAGUUUUUUUGGGGGGACCAGUCAGAAAAAAAGUAUCAUAACAUUCAAGAAGAUUGCCUCAGUUUAUGUACAAUUCUUCAGCCUCGCAAUGAUUAUUUUACUUCAAAGUUACGAACGCUACAUGUAUGGUUAACUAACACAUACAAUGCGGGCAACUUGACAGCGCUGAAUAACCUUUGAGCUAGAGAAAGACGGAAGUAUUUGUCCUUUUCGGCUUUUUAACGCGCAAACCCGCUGAAGCCCCGCAGACGUCGCCUGUCCCGGCACUAUGGGUCGGCCGCCCUGGCGCAGAUCGCCCGCCACCCUGAGGAUCGCCGUCUUGCUGCUCCAAACCGUGUCCUCGGCGUUAUCGAGGAGACACGUUGUCUACUGGAACAGCACCAAUACAAGACUGAUGCAGGAAGGCUACACCAUCCAUGUGGACCUGAACGAUUACCUGGACAUCUACUGCCCUCACUACCCCUCCGGCUCACCCACGCAGAGCCCCGUCGAAAUCCUGACCCUGUAUCAGGUCCUGGAAGAGCAUUUCCGUGGCUGCGUGGAGACCAAGCGCGCUAUCAAGCGCUGGGAGUGUAACCGGCCCCAUGCCCCCUUUGGCCCGGUGCGCUUCUCUGAGAAGAUCCAGAAGUUCUCGCCCUUCUCUGUGGGCCUGGAGUUCCGGCCUGGGCACCACUACUACUACAGCUCGCUGUCUGGGACGGGUGGGCCGCCCCUACCCUGCCUGAAACUCAGGGUCUCCGUUUGCUGUGAAUCUGGUGCUGAGCCCACCCAGAGUGCGGUACACAGCCCAGCAGCGGCCACCAUCAGCCUGUCCUCGUUGCUCCCCUUCUUCCUGCUGCUCCUUCUUUCAGCCAUCUGACAUGGCUUGUUAACACAGCUCAUUAAGACCACAUCUUUCCCUCAAUCUGCCCUGACCUACUUGCAGUCCUUUGGAGGCCCUCGCUGUCUCAAACGUGUCUUCAUGUGAAGUUCCGACUGCAGUCCAGCCCCCGCUGAUUCCACCAUGGUGGCCAGCACCCCUGGGGGGCCCUUUUUUAGCUGACCACUGUCUCCGAAGCGGGUGGCAUCUGUCUCCUGCUUUUGUGUCAUGUUAGCCCCACCCGCCACACUGAGCUGAGACAGAGGGACACUAAUCUCUCAUCAAGAGCUUAUUGCUACCCAAGAGGACAAGAGGCUGGCAGUCACUGGGCAAAGAAGCUGGACCACAGCAGUCAAUAUAAUUACACGGGGUUUUACAGACAAUCAGCCGGCGAGCGCCUUGAAGAUAACCGAAGAAUAAUUCCUAUAAGAAACCCGGAACCAAAUCUGGCACACAUCGGGUUUCCAGUGCACCACGGUGACCAGUGAAGGUGCUGGAUAUUUGCAGUCAUCAGUUGCCUCUUCAACUUCUAAAACUUGAAGAAACACACACACACACACAUAUAUCAACCAAAACUGGCAGUUCUGGCGAGUUGUAUUUUUACGGCCUCAAUCAAAGCGAGAUUGUAGCAGUGAUUGAGUAAGGUAUGCACUUCUGCCUUAUGGGCAAACCUGUGUCCCUGAAUUGCCAUGUCAGCUGAAUUUGUAUUACACCCCUUCCUCCUGACCUUCUGGUCCAAUUAGUGGCUAAUCUGUAUGAUUUAUACCUGAAAUUACAACACGGUUUCUCAUGUAAAAUCUGUAUGUAGAUCGUAAUCCUUCGUGUGUGCUUUGGCAUUUUAGUUAAGUUUUAUUAGACAACUGAGUAAAAGAAGCCUAGUCCAGACUGAAUUUGAGGGCAUUUUCUCAUUAUGAAAAGUCCCUGGUUUGCAUUGGGAAGAAAGAUUCGAAUGUCGAUGUGCUUUGGACCCCAGCGGAGUUCAGAUUCCUGUGUUUGCCGGCUUUUAUUCCAACUGACCUAAUAAAUUAGGCUUCAUUGCUCUCAUGAUUGAAUUCUGACCCGAUUUGUCCUCUAUACCCAUUAAUAAAUUCUGAGAUGGUACUUUUUUAACUGAUAAAAGCUAUAAGGAAAUAUUUCAUUUUUGCCUCUUAAAAUAAUAAUACCGUGCCAAAUCUAAUUAUGGUUAAUUAAAUAUUAAACUACAUAGAUUACUUAAUAGUUCAUAGCCUUUGAACAAUUCAAUAACUGAAUUAAUCCUAAUUAAGUUGAAUAGUAAUGUUGCAUCAUACUUGUAAAUGAACUUGAAGGUCCAUUCUAUUGAUUUAUUUGGUAUCUAUAACACUGUUUCUGCUUUAGCUGCAGUUUGUAACUUACUAGACAAAGCAGAGAGAUUAAUACAAUGUAAUCAAUCCUGAAUACUGUGACUGACUAGAGGUUGCCUGGAUCAAAAACCAGUAUACACAGAGCUAGUAUGGAACCAGGGUUGUACCCAACUCGUUUUGAAUAUGAGUACUGUUGAAUUCAUUGUGGUAAUAAACACCAGAGAUUUUGAUUACUGCGGAAUGAAUUGUUGUGAUAAACAUAAUUGACUUGGAUUAAAAUAACAUGCAUUGUAUUACAGUAUUUACUGCUUAUGCUAAUUAUGACAGCCGUCCCUAGUUAUGGUAGUGAUUAUGUAGUGCAUAUGGUUUCCCAGGGGCCAGAGGUGUUUUUCUAUUUGUAAUUUUAGCUUGUAAUUUCCCUUAACCUCCGUUUUUCUGGUGUCAGCACAGCAUAUCUGUCGAUACGGAAUAUGGUUGUAAGUUCCUUUUGGAAACUGCUCCAGAUAAAGGUGUCCAUUCAAUGAUAAAUGAUGAGAAAAGGCGAGCAAAGAGCACUUUGAAUUGUGGGUCUGGAACCAGAAUUCACACUUGAUUCAGAUCGAGCAGCAGGGAUGAUCAGGGUACUCGCAUUUAUUCUUUUACAAUGUUCUCUUGUUCCAAGUUCUGUCAUUUGGGGGGGGGGGGGGAGACAGAUUUUUGUUUUGUACCUUUUCACAUUUUUGUGAAUUUUGUGCAUCUUCUAUGAAGACCUGAAUUUUACCAUUUUUAAUCAGGCUAAUAAACUCAAUAAAUAUAAUUUGAAUAGGUGUA